GCAAAAUGGCAGGGCGCUCUCGGAGCCUCAGAGCGCAGUGCAGGCAGCCCAAGCGCUCGACAGGAGAAGCAGGCAGCCCCACUCAUCGCAACGAACAGCUGCAGCUGCAGUGCAGGCUGCCCAAGCGCCUCACAGGAAGGCUGCCCUACCUACCUGGGUACGCAUCGUAACAGGAUGCGGACCAAAGCGACGCCGUCGGAGUCGUCGACGACGCCAUGGGAGCGACCAAAGCACUGGGAUCUCAGGAUCAUCCGUCAUCUCGGCCCAGCCGAGCGCGAGAAUGUCAUGGACUACUGCGCGCUCCGCUCGCCGCGACCUAGCGUGUUCGAGCCCUGCGGGAGCGUGUUGGCGGCGGAGCGAAGCGUCCAGCGGCUCCCCGAAUCGAAGAAGGAGUCGGCCUCAGGAGACAGUUGGAAGAUUUCGUCGGUCGUAGGCGGGACCCGAAAGCACGAAUGGGUCGAGGGAGACAAAGUCCGGAUCGCAAUAGGCGGGGGCGCACACACCACCGGCGUCGUCACACUCCCGGCGAACCAUCCAGAUCAUGGCUGGUGGAGGGUGCGGUGCGACGGCGAGAGUAAGACCCGAAACGUGCGCAGAGGAGAUCUCUUCCCACUUCCGCGACCGCUGCGGCAUCUCUGGGACGCGGCGGUGACGUACAACGAUCGAUGGUUCGAGUCGCGCGCGGAGCUGUACGCGCUGCUCAUGGGCCGCCAGCGCCGCCUCGGGAAAGGCAGCGUGAUUAACUGUGUGGAAAUCAACCAGUGCGUCGGGUGCACCCGACAAUUCUUCACUAAGUCAUUUCUCGGCAAUGAGGCGGCCGUCAUGGCUCGGUCGAGCGGCGAGGAACCGGCAUCGCCACGCCAUCGAGCAGGCGUCGUGUCGAUACUGUGGAGGACGACGCGAUGAUUCAGCACGAACGCGCCGUAAAAUUUGAUUUCCACACAGGUGAUUAAGUGGAUCGCCGGCAACCAUAUUGUAUUGCGGCGCAUUGCUGCGUACGCGUUGGCCCCGGUCUCCUACCUCGACCUGCAGGACUUCUAUUUCUGUAUUGAUUUCUGGAACGAAGCACCGGUCCGUCUGCGCCCGGACGCCCGGCGCGGCGUCGUCGCGCUCGCGUAUGUCGAUCGAACACCACCCGAAAAAGACGAGGGGGGAUACGCGUUGACACGAACAUACGUGGCCGGUGUCAGCGCCGUCGGCGUCUCGCGGCUCCGUGUCCUACGCAUUGAGUGGCAGGGUGACAAUGGGGAAAAGUCUCCCCUAUAUUCGAAAGCGGUCGUUCUCGAACUGCUGGGGCUCGUGAGCGAGCACUGCCGGGAUCUGCGGGCGCUGCGGGUCGACGGAUCCAGUAUCGGGGACGGUAGCGCGGAGGAACGAGAACCCUUCGCUCGUGUACUCGAGCGCUGCGCGGAACUGCGCAUAUUUUGGGCGUUCGGCUGCGCUGACUUCAUGCCUAUGCCAACGCCGGGGCGCACGUACGCGCUCACACACAUCCACACCGGCUUGAUCUUUGACAGCGACUGUACUGCCGCCACAUUUUCGGCGUGGAUAGACGCCGCUCCAAAUCUCCGACACUAUAGCUGCACGCACACUACCCCUCAGGCGGAGGAGGGUAUAUGCCAUCUCGAGGCGGCCGCGGCCGCGACGCACCUCGAGACGCUCGAGCUGACUGAAUGGGGGGACCAGGCGGAUGAACCGACGGAAACUUGGGACCUCAAACGCAUCAUGUCAGCGCUGCCUCGGAACCUGCGGAUCGCGCCGUAUGGUACUUAUCCGGAAAACGCCCUGUAUGCGCAUGCCAUCGGCGACGACCUCAGAGAGUGCGCGCGGCUGGCGGGGCGCGAAGAUCUAGAGGUCCUGAAGCACAAUUACAACUCACGUGCAAACGACGAGGGUUUGAUGGAGCGCCCGAUGCUCUGGGACUGGCACGAAGCAAUCAAACCUCUUUGCUACGCGUAAAUACGUUGUCUGUG